AUGGGAGAAGUGGAAGCGCCAGGCCCUGCUGCGGGCGUGAGGGUGGGGGUGGGGAGGGGGAGCUACAGAUGCCGAGACAAGGACCAUCGCUGCUGCAGUCUGUGUGAAGAUCUCCUGUCUUCUGUUGACCAACCACUGAAAAUUGCCAGAGACAAGGUGGUGGGCAAGGAUUACCUUUUAUGCCACUACAACAGAGAUGGGGACUCCUAUAGGUUACUGUGGAGUAACAAGUAUGGUCCUCCUUUGGAAGAUGGGGCCAUGCUGUCUGCUCGACUGAGAAAGCUGGAGGUGGAGGCCAACACUGCCUUCGACCAAUACGGAGACCUGUAUUUUGAAGGUGGUGUCUCAUCUUUCUACCUCUGGGAUCUUGAACACGGCUUUGCUGGAGUGAUCCUCAUAAAGAAGGCUGGAGACGGGUCAAAGAUCAAAGGCUGCUGGGACUCCAUCCAUGUGGUCAAAGUGCAGGAGAAGUCCAGUGGCCGGAUCGCCCAUUACAAGUUGACCUCCACAGUGAUGCUCUGGCUGCAGACCAACAAAUCAGGCUCAGGCACCAUGAACCUGGGUGGCAGCCUGACCACACAGAUGGAAAAAGAUGAAACCGUGAGCAACUACUCCCCACACAUCGCCAACAUUGGGCGCCUGGUGGAGGACAUGGAAAACAUCAGAAGUACACUGAAUGAGAUCUACUUUGGAAAAACAAAGGAUAUCGUCAAUGGGCUGAGGUCUAUGCAGAUAUAUGCAGACAAAUCAAAGCACAAAGCUCUCAAGAACGACCUGGUGGAGGCCUUGAAGAGAAAGCAGCAGUGUUAAAACCUCUGCUUCGCA